AUGGCCUCCUCCUCCUCCCUCUCCAACAGUAGUGCAUAUAGGUCAGCCAGGCAAGUUCGAAGAAGGUGCGAUUGUGAUGAACCAGUUGGCAGGUGGACUUCAUGGAAACCGAAGAACCCUGGAAGGAGAUUCGUUGGUUGCCCCAAUUACAAGUUACACUGCAAAUGUCGUCCAAUGCAGGAUAAGGAAAAGGAUUGCAAAUUCUUUGAAUGGAUAGAUCCUCCAUUACCAAACAAUUGGUACAAACAUAUGAUCUAUGAUUUUCACAACCAAGGAAUUCAUGGAGUCAAUGAUGAAGGGUUUGAAUACUUUAUGGGUGAAGAUGUGGAAGGAGUAGUGCAAUAG